AUGCGCCUCCAUCCCGCUCUGUUAGCAGUGGCACUAGCAUGCCUCGCAAGUUGUACCCAGACGCUCGCGACGUCUGUCGAGUCAAGCUCAACGAAGUGGUCUCCAGUCAUUACAUCCAACACAUUUUACCGCGCAAGACUCCUGCGUGGUGUAGCAACUUCCGACGACGCUGAAGAGAGGGAUUUCUUUUCGCAAAUGGCAGAAGCAGUCGCCAAGUGGGGGACAACGACGGCUUUACUCAGUCUUGGGAAGACUGACGACGAAGCCAAGAAGAUUCUUGGGCUGGAAAAGCUGUCGGGGGAAGCGCUCAAAUCUCACGCGAACUACCAUAUUUUGGACGAAUUCCUGUCUAAGCUUCGAUCGCGUAAGGUGACCCAGUGGCUAAACAAAGAUACUACCACCGAUGAAGUCUGGAAAGCUUUACAGCUGGACGAUUUGAGCACGAAGCUCGAUGCAAAAGAAUUCAAACAGUCCGAGGCGUUAAAAACCUACGUGGAGUACGUGAAGAAGCUGGACGACGAUAUUGUUAAGUUCAAGAGAGCCAGCUUUGAGCCUGACAACAGCUCUCCACUUGAGUUGGCUGUGAAAAUCCACAUUUGGGCCAAGGCAGGGAGAGAUCCAGCGCAUGCCCUCGAGAUAAUGGGCAUGAAUGCGCUGAAAGGCAGCAAGAAUCGCAAAUUCUACGAAGAAUUCCUGGAUUUGAUCAAUGGUAGAAAGCCGAUAAUCGACUACUAG